CUUUUCCAGGUACAAGAUGAUAUCAAGCAGCGCGAAGAGACGGUGAGGCACUACCAGAAAGCUGGCGUCACGUGCGCGACGAAGGAGGACUCGGUUGCGCAGGUGUACCAUGAGAAGAAGAAGGAGCUGAGUGCUAUACUGCGAGAAGUCAAGGCCAAUCGGGAGCGGAUCCAGGAUUUCCAAAGCGAGAUGGAGGACAUUCAGCCGCAGCUGAUCAAGCUGCGAGAGGAGACGAGAUACUCGCAGAAGAAGAUUGUGGAGGCGCAAACGACCGAAAAGACAAUGAAGAGCCGGCUGGAUGGGAAGUCGACGGAAGUGGACGCCUUGGAAAACGAUUUGAAGGAGCUGGAGCGAGUGAAGGCAGAACUGGAUGCGACUCAGAGUCGUCGUGCUAGCCAAGGAGGAGACGGCGCUGCGCUAGUUCUGAAGGGCGCGCGCUUGGAGGAGUACCAUCGGAUUAAGGAGGACGUGCAGGUCAAGACCAACUUGCUGCGCAACGAACUGGAGUCGAUUCUGCGGCAGCAAACCACAGACCAAAACAAAGUGCAGACACUUUCUCAAGACCGCCAGGAGAAUCUCAAGAUGGUGGAGAUUUUGACGGAGGACUUGAAGCAAGCCGAUGAACGCAUCGUCAGCAUGCAACGCGUCAUCUCCCAAACGGAGCAAGACAUCGCAGAGGCUGAGAAGAACAUACAGAACGCCAACGAGGAGAAUCGAGGCCAGGCUCAGAAGAAGGAAAAACUUUCGCAGCAGUUGGACCGAGUCACGAACAAGUUGCGCGACUUGAAAGACGACAAGCGGCAGUCACAGGCAGAAGCGCGCAGGGCAGAGACACUGGAGACGCUGAAAAGACUGUACCCUGGCGUUCGUGGCCGCCUUGUAGAUCUGUGCAAGCCGAUCCAACGCAAGUAUAACAUGGCCGUGACCGUGGCGACUGGAAAGCACAUGGAUGCAAUUGUGGUGACAGACUACAGGACAGGCCAAGACUGCAUUCAGUACCUCCGUGAGUCCCGUGCGGGUAGCGCGCAGUUUAUUCCUUUGGACAAGAUCCGUGUGAAGCCUAUCAAUGAGCGCUUUCGUGGCCUGGGUAACAACAUCAAGAUGGUCGUCGACGUGAUUGAAUGCGACGCGGAGAUUGAGCCGGCACUGCACUAUGCAGUUGGUGAUACUGUUGUAUGUGACUCCAUCGAUAUCGCCCGCGAUCUUUGCUUCCGUCAGAACGAGAAGGUGAAAGCUGUGACAUUGGACGGAAUGGUGGUGAGCAAGAACGGCAGUAUGACAGGUGGCAAGACCCAAAAUGACGUGCGUCGGGCUGGCCGGUGGGAUGAAAAGGAGGUGGAGGCCUUGCAGCAACAAAAAGAUGAUCUUAUCGAUACAAUCCGCGCAAUGGCGCGGCAUGGUGCUUCGUACGCAAAGUUGCAAUCGUUACGGACGCAAGUGGAGGGGUUGAGGAGCCGACUCAGUCAUGCUAAAGCUGACUUGGUGAUCACUGAAACAAAGCGACCAAAGAUUCAAGCGCGAAUUGAUGAAGCCAAAAAGCGAAUGACUAAUAUCAUCGAGCCUGAGCUUCAGAAAUACGAAGCGGCAGUUAGCUCUCGUAAGGGUAGCAUUGCAGCGUUGCAGGAGCAAAUCAACGGGGUAGAGGAUGAAAUGUUUGCAGAUUUCAGCGAGGCAGUGGGUGUCGAGAGCAUUCGAGUCUAUGAAGAGAAGGUAUUGAAGCGACACCACAAGGCAAUAGAGACGCGGCGCAAAAUCACGGAGCACGAGGCCAAACUUCGAGCGCAGAUCGAGUACUUGCAGUCGCAGGAUUUCAACCAGCCCAUGCUCGACGCAAGGGAGAGGGCGACGCGGGAAGCUGAACACCUGAAGCAAUUAGCUGAAGAGGAAGCCGGCUUGAUGAAACGAGUGGCAACAUUGCAGAAGGAAAGAAAGGAACAAGAUGGGCUACGCAAGAACUUGUCAGCAAAGGUGGAGGAGCUUGAGAAGGAACUUCGUGAAAUCGGCAGCAAGAAGGGCAAGUACGAAGAACGGAAGGGCAAAAUCCAAAGAAGAAUUGCUUCGGAGGAGACCGUACUGGAGCGCCUGAAGGAUCACAAGGCUGAGAUUUUUAAGCGCGCAUCAUUGGAUCAGGUUACACUGCCAACUAUUGCUCAUCAAUCCUCAAACGGCACUGAAGAUGUUGAGAUGGAAGACGUUAACAGCAUCGGGGGCUCAGAUCUACUGGUGGGAGGUGACGCAGCGAACCAAGAAGUGGAUUUUUCGGCGCUUCCUGAUGCGCAUGUGGUGGUGGAUGAUAAGGAGUUCGAUGAGAUCAACACCAAAUACGAAAAGCGAAUCGGUGUACUGCUCACUGAGCUGGAGCGUAUGCAACCGAACAUGCGCGCACUGGACAAGUUUGACGUGAUCCAGAACCGGAUUGGGAAAGAGGAGGAGGAACUGGAUCGUAUCAAGCAGAAGUCGUUUGAAACUGCGACCAAGUUCGAGGAGGUCAAGCAAGCUCGCUUCGAUCGCUUCAUGGAGGCGUUCAACCACAUUUCCGGAGUGAUCGACUCGACGUACAAGCAGCUUACGAAGAGCUCCAAGCACCCUCUGGGGGGCACGGCGUAUAUGAACCUGGAGAACGCCGAGGAGCCCUACCUGAACGGGAUGAAGUAUAACGCGAUGCCCCCGAUGAAGCGCUUCCGCGAGAUGGAACAAUUGUCCGGUGGCGAGAAGACCGUUGCUGCUCUAGCUCUCCUCUUCGCGAUCCACAACUACCGUCCGUCCCCAUUCUUCGUGCUCGACGAAGUGGACGCCGCACUGGACAACGUGAACGUGAACAAGGUAUCGACGUACAUCGCCAACUGCGACUUCCAGUGCGUCGUGAUCUCGCUGAAGGACUCAUUCUACGAGAAGGCAGACGCACUCGUCGGCAUCUGCAAGGACAUCACGCUGCAACAGUCCAAGUCGAUGACGCUGGAUCUCACCAAGUUCGAUUAA